GCCGCUGCGCCUGUGUGACCGCAUUGCUAUCUCUUUCUUCUUCAUUUUCUUCUUCUUCCUUCUUUCCCCUUCCCAUUAGGGUUUUCUCCCAAACCUCUUUUCCUUUCUUCUCACGCACCGCUCCGCACCGAAUCCAACCCCAUUCCUCCACACGGUUCAUGUGAUGGACAUGUCUGAUGCUGUCAUUGUCAAAUCUAGUAGGUUGAAAUCUGUUGUGUGGAAUGAUUUUGAUAGGAUAAAAAAAGGCGACACCUGUGUGGCUGUUUGUAGGCAUUGCAAAAAGAAACUGAGCGGAUCAAGCACCAGUGGAACAUCACAUCUAAGGAACCAUUUAAUCAGGUGUCAGAGAAGGUCUAGCCAUGGCAUAGCACAAUACAUUUCAGCAAGAGAAAAGAGAAAGGAAGGAACUCUAGCAAUUGCAAAUUUCAAUUUAGAUCAAGAUUCAAACAAAGAUGAUAAUACCCUUAGUCUUGUGAAUAUUAAAUUUGAGCAGACACAGUUGAAAGAUGACUCUGUCAACACUGGAACUAGUAACUUUGAUCAAAGGCGGAGUCGAUUUGAUCUUGCUCGUAUGAUAAUUCUUCAUGGAUAUCCAUUGGCUAUGGUUGAGCAUGUUGGUUUCAGAGCUUUUGUUAAAAAUCUACAGCCAUUGUUUGAGCUUGUGACAUUGAAUAGGGUUGAAGCAGAUUGCAUCGAGAUUUAUGAUAGAGAGAGAAAAAAGGUGAAUGAGAUGUUGGAUAAAUUGCCUGGGAAAAUCAGUCUUAGUGCUGAUGUGUGGACUGCUGUUGGAGAUGCAGAGUAUUUGUGUUUGACAUCAAAUUAUAUAGAUGAAUCUUGGCAGUUAAGAAGGAGAAUAUUAAAUUUUAUAAGGAUUGAUCCUUCUCAUACCGAAGAUAUGCUUUCAGAAGCCAUCAUGACUUGCUUAAUGGAUUGGGAUAUUGACCGUAAAUUGUUCUCCAUGAUUUUGGAUAGUUGCUCUACCUGUGAUAACAUUGCUGUUAGAAUUGGUGAGAGGCUUCUGCAAAACAGGUUUCUUUAUUGUAAUGGUCAAUUAUUUGAUAUACGCUGUGCUGCAAAUGUUAUUAACUCAAUGGUUCAGCAUGCUCUGGGAGCUGUAAGUGAAAUAGUCAAUAAGAUUCGCGAAACUAUUUCUUACAUUAAAAGUUCACAAACUAUACUGGCAAAGUUCAAUGAAAUGGCUAAAGAAGUUGGUAUCAUGAGUCAGAAGGGCUUGUUUCUAGAUAAUCCAUCGCAAUGGAAUUCCACAUACUCAAUGCUUGAAAUUGCCUUAGAAUUCAAGGAUGUUUUAAUUCUCUUGCAAGAAAACGACACUGCCUACAAAGUCUGUUUAUCUGAUGUAGAGUGGGAUAGAGUCACUGCAGUUACUAGCUACUUGAAGCUUUUUGUUGAGGUUAUAAAUGUUUUCACUAAGAGCAAGUACCCAACUGCAAAUAUAUAUUUCCCUGAGCUCUGUGAUGUUAAGUUGCAUUUGAUUGAAUGGUGCAAGAAUUCAGAUGAGUAUAUCAACUCUUUGGCAUCAAGAUUGAGAAGCAAGUUUGAUCAGUAUUGGGAAAAAUGUAGCUUAGGGUUGGCAGUUGCUGCGAUGUUGGACCCUCGAUUCAAGAUGAAGUUGGUAGAUUAUUAUUAUCCACAAAUUUAUGGCAGCAUGUCUGUAAGUCGCAUUGAAGAAGUCUUUGAGGGUGUGAAGGCUCUAUACAAUGAACAUUCUAUAGGCUCCCCAUUAGCUUCUCAUGAUCAAGGUCUGGCCUGGCAAGUUGGCAAUGGUCCACUUCUCUUACAAGGUUCUGUGAAGGACUCCAGGGACCGGUUGAUGGGGUUUGAUAAAUUUCUCCAUGAAACUUCACAGGGUGAAGGCACAAAAUCAGAUCUAGACAAGUACCUGGAAGAGCCUCUCUUUCCGCGUAAUGUUGAUUUCAACAUACUGAAUUGGUGGAGAGUUCACACUCCCAGGUAUCCUGUGUUGUCCAUGAUGGCACGAAACGUUUUGGGAAUUCCAAUGUCAAAAGUUGCACCGGAGUUGGCUUUUAAUUAUGGUGGAAGAGUCCUUGAUCGUGAUUGGAGCUCGCUUAAUCCUGCUACUGUCCAAGCUUUGGUGUGUUCACAAGAUUGGAUACGGAGUGAACUGGAAAAUUAGAUUGCUUUUUCCCUGCAUUCUAAUUGUACAUGCCAAUUCUCCCCAUAGAUAUAUCUCCAUUGUAAGUUCUAUCUCCUAACUCCAUAUUUCAAUUUUCCUGACCUUUUUUUGUGCUGGUUCUAUAUUUAGCCAUAAUGCAACUUAGCAAGUUAUUUUAUGA